AUGACGUCGCAGCACGGAGAGGCCACGACGGGCCACGGCGAGAAGGUGGCCAAGCCCCGGCGAGAGGCUCAGGAGACACCACCCCCAGCGCCUUGGUCCCGGACCUCCGGCCUCCAGAUCCCUGCCAGCGGGGUGGGCGCCCCUCACCCUGCUGGGCUGCCGGGGCUCAGGGCCCAGAUCCUGCAGGAGCUGCUCCGCGUCUCCGAGAAGGCGGCCCACAUCGCCCGCGCCUGCCGGCAGCAGGACGCCCUCUUCCAGCUGCUCAUCGAGGAGAAGAAGGGCGGCGAGAAGAACAAGAAGUUCGCCGUGGACUUCAAGACGCUGGCCGACGUGCUGGUGCAGGAAGUCAUAAAGCGGCACAUGGAGAGCAAGUUUCCAGGCUUGGAGGACAAAAUUUUUGGAGAAGAAUCCAACGAGUUUACUAAUGCUCUGGGAGAAAUGAUCGUCUUGAGACUGUGCCCGACAGAGGGGGAGACGGCAGAGCUCCUGAGCAAAGUCCUGAACGGGAACCAGCUGGCGGCCCGGGCACUGGCCAAGGUCGUUCACGAGGACGUUGCCUUCGCCGACCCGGCCCUGGAUUCGGUCCAGGUCACCAUUCCGCACGACACUUUGGGAAUCUGGGUGGAUCCCAUAGAUUCCACGCAUCAGUACAUCCAAGGCUCUGCCGACGUGGAGCCCAGCCACGGAGUCUUCCCCCGGGGGCUCCCGUGCGUCACCAUCCUCAUCGGCGCCUAUGACCUGCAGACGGGGCUGCCCCUGAUGGGGGUCAUCAACCAGCCUUUCGUGUCGCAGGACCCCGACACCCUCAGGUGGGAAGGACGGUGCUACUGGGGCCUCUCCUACAUGGGCACCAACAUCCACUCCCUGCUGCCCCCGGUCUCCGAGCCGCAGAGCGCG